ACCACUAUCCGGUUAUCGCUCUUUGUUUGAGAUGGCGGCGGAAUAUGAUAAUGGCGCGGUUUACCAAGAUGCGAGGACGAUGCAAUAUAUUCGCGUACAGAUCCCGUAUAUGGCGCAUCGGGACUGGGUGCAUAAUGGCGGGGAAUUGGGACCGUUUUUGUCAGCUGCUCGUCGCCACAGACAGGAAUAAUGAGAGGCGCCUUUGACGGGUUGUAGAACGCCAUCGAUGAUGAUAAAUGGAAUUCUUGCGACUCUCUAUCCCGCUGCAUUGUCAUCUUUGCUACGUUUUCCCGCCGAUCACGCAUCAUCUUCAUGGCACCGUCAUUCAUGGCACAAAUCGCAGACGAAAGGCUUACGGACGGACGGAGAGGCGCUGGUUUGCUCGAAUGAGUGCGAACGUAUGAGGAGGAAGUGCGCAAGGCUGAGAGCAAGCGAUGGUAGCGGUUUGAAGGACAGUUGUGAAGGUCUGGGGAAGAAUAGGACUGCUUUAUAUACGGGUUUCUUACUUAUUUUGCCGCCACUUUUACCUUUUAUGAGGCUCUUGCUCGAAAUUUCGACAUUUUUUCCCCGAGCUAUGACCUCCUGUGGUUCAAACUACCGACCUAUUCAACAUCCAGUUCUUAAACCAUAUCAUGUGAAACCGUCGCUAUCGCACAAAGCUGACAGUGUCUGUUCCAGGACGCCCGUCCUCAUCAUCUCGUCCCCUUGGACCAAAUGGCUGUACAGGUUGUGGCUGUAUACGUCUGGGACUAGGAUGUGGGAGUCAAUUGAUGGUGAUCGCCCGGUUCACCUACGUCUCCUCAAAAGACAACAAAUUUCUUCGCGUAAUAUCUCUCGACAUCGUAGACGCCAAUCUCCGCAAUGCAAUUGCAAUCGACAGAAUCCUCGAUCCCACUGUGGUAUCCUAUUGCCUUCAUUGAAGCCUCGCCGUUCCAGCAGGUUCGCCUGAAGAGCACUAUCGGAGAAAGCCACCAGACCCUAUCCAGGCCGCAGGAAUAGAUUAUCGAAAUGUGUGCUGCGUUCAAGGGAAUGUUGGAUGAGGAAAGAUGCGUCAAACGGAGGAAACCAGGGACAUCAUCCACCACUUGUGGCGUAUUUAGACGCCAAGGGGAUGGGAAAGAUUUCAUCCAAAAGGGAUUGAAUAUCUUCGCAGGCUUGUAGGAACAUUGCCUUAUCGACGUCUUCAUUGUGGUCUUUAGCCUGAAAUUAGACCUGUAUCACGGGCGAGAUAGCUUGUCUCUAUCUCUGGCUAUGUUGAGGGCACGGGGGAGGGCUUGGACUCAUGCACGCGGUGGUGUGAAGGACGGCAGUUGCGUCAUCCUG